AUGACCGACAGAGUCUACCCAUCAGCCAAACCGGCGGCGAAUGGAGAUGAAACAGCUACCACCACCGUCGCUAACGGCGGAGCCAACCCAACAUUCCCGGUCAACAAAGCCCAGCUCUACAACGCCACUCGUCCCAUGUACCGCCCCCAGCCUCCGCCCAAGCGUCGACAACGCCGGAGCUUCUUUUGUUCCUGCUGUCUCUGGACUACCCUCAUGAUCCUCCUGAUUCUCCUCCUCGCUGCCAUAGCCGGAGCCGUCUUCUGGGUGCUCUACCGCCCACACCGCCCCUCCUUCGCCGUCUCCUCCCUCCAGCUCUCCAAAUUCAACCUCACCAACACCGUCAUAAUCUCCACCUUCAACCUGACUGUCACUGCGCGUAAUCCCAACAAGAAAAUCACCUUCUUUUACGAUCCCAUAUUGGUAAAAGUAUUUUCCGGCGACUUCACCAUCGGUGAUGGAUCUUUACCGGGAUUUGUUCAUGGUAAAAAGAAUGUCACCACUUUGAAAUCUGUAAUAUCAAGCUCAAAUCAAAUUUCCGAUGGUACAGACGUUUCUCCACUGAAGUCCAGCUUGAAGAACAAGAAUCUGCCACUGAAAAUCCAGCUGGAUACCAAAGUAAAAGUGAAAGUCGGGAAAGUGAAAACUAAGAAGCUCAGAAUUAGGGUUACUUGUGACGGCAUUAAAAUUUCAGUCCCCACCGGAAAAGCAGCCACGGUGGCGAAAACCACCGGUCUCAAGUGCAAGCUUGAUCCAAGAAUCAAGAUCAUCAAGUGGACUGUUUGA